AUGGCAAAGCCAACAACCAUACAUGGCGUCCGCCCGCUCGCCAGCCAAACCGCCGCCGUCGCCAUCGCAAUCACCUUCAAGUUCCGGCCCGAGGACGCCGCCGCCGCCGCCGCCCCUCGCGUCAUCAACGAGGUUGAUACGCCGCAGCAAGGGCAUGAGGCACCGCCCGACGCGUCCGUCAGUAUCGGCCACAGCAAAGGCCGAAGUUAA